AUGCUUGAAUUCGCGCUUUUUUACGAACCAUUUGAACCCGUAUUCGGUCACGGAUGUGGAACUCGCCAAUAUCUACAUUUUGAUGAGAAGGAAGGAUGUCGUUAUCAAGUUGGGAAGAACUCUAGAAUCAUGCCAAUGUUGAAUUUCCAUUGGGUUUUUAUGUUGGACUUCCAAAAUAUUGCGAGACAUCCAAAGUUGGAAGAGUUGGAUUUUUAUAUAGUGGAGGAUCGGUUCCCAAUGUACUUGGAAUGGACUCCAUAUAAGUUUUUCAAAAACUGCGCGAUAUCUUUUCAAGAACUAAUCCCCUGCAAAAAGUUUUCAAUCACAGUCGUCGAGUGGUACGAUGACUAUAAGGACCAGCAGCCCAAUUGUUGGAAAUAUGUGAGCCAGGAACCGAGACUAUAA